GAAGACAAGAAUGAAGAAUCUCAUUGACUCAUAAAAUUAAAAUCUUAAACAAAUCAAACAAAUAAAAUCUCAUUCAUCGGAUCGCAAUACAACAAUCGGAAUUCAAUUCGGAAGCGCAGCGAUUCCCGGAAAUCUCAUGGCUCGACGAAGUAGCCACACAACGGAGCUAGGCUGCAUCGCCUGCGACGACCUAUCGGAUCUAGGCGCCGGCAAGGAAGGCUGGCUUGUCGAAAACCCUAAUCUCCUCACUGCUCUGGAUACCCAUUCUCUCGCGCUUGCUAGCCGAUCAAUCAUCCUCGUUCUCCAGUGGACCGAUGCCGGCGACCCGCCCGCUAAGAUCAUACCCGAACUCUCCCCGAUCCAGGCUGAGUACUUGUCCGCUCUGGCCUGGUUGGUAUUUGAUGAUAUCAAAGUCCUCGCUGUCGGCACCUCUUCUGGGUAUUUGCUCAUUUACUCUCUCCGUGGUGAUCUCAUUCACAAACAGUUUGUAAACCCUGCAAAGAUCCUAAAAUUGAGGGUUCGUGGAACUAAGAGAGAUCAGAUGCAGGAUGCAUCAUUAGAGGAAGUUUGUGUUGUUAUGCCAGGUGCUGUUGCUCGCUUUGAAGGAUCUGAUAUUCAGAGUAUGCUUCGGAGAUGGUUUCAAGAAAGGUAUUCUCAGUUGUGGGAUCAACCAGUUAACAGAUAUAUGGAAGAUUCUGGAGAUUCGUUUGGAAGGCUUCCUUACCAGCUAUGGAAUGUUAACAAAUAUGGGUUGUGUGUCGAUGCUGCCAUCAUUGGUGUGAUGCCCCCUCCUCUAAUGGAACAUCAGUCAAGCCAGCGUUAUUAUUGUGCAGUCACUGUUGGAGAUGAUGCUGUGAUUUCUGCAUAUAGACUUUCAGUGGACAAAAGCCGAUCAAUUGUUGGGGCCAUUCUCUCAAAAGUAGUGCCUGCUACAUUUUCAACAAUAUCAUCUAUCUCGAAAAUGUUAUGGCGAAGUGAGCCAACACCCACAACAAAACCAGAACCAAAGCCUCAACCCUUUGCUAAAGCUUCUCCUCUGACUUGCUUGAAGGAUUACCCGAGAAAGGGUGAGAAACUCACAUUAUCGCCCAGUGGAACAUUGGCUGCAAUAACUGAUUCCCUUGGUCGUAUCUUGCUCUUGGACACUCAGGCACUUGUUGUAGUCAGAUUAUGGAAGGGAUACCGUGAUGCAAGCUGCUUAUUUAUGGAGAUGCUUGUCAAUAAAGAUUCUUCCACAUUGAAGUCUGCCCAUCAUGAACAUAUAAAGAGUGAUUAUUGCCUAUGUUUAGCCAUUCAUGCACCGCGAAAAGGGAUAGUAGAGAUUUGGCAGAUGAGGACAGGACCUCGUCUUCAAACCAUUCCAUGUCCGAAAGGUAGCAAAAUACUGCAACCCACAUAUCGCUUUAGCUCAUCGGAAGCGUCACUAUCCUCAUACAUACCCUUGGAAGUUUUCUUUUUGAAUGGAGACUCUGGUCAAUUAUCUGUUCUCAAUAGAUCUCUUAAUUGAAAUGCUAUCAACAGUCUGAAAUGUACAAAGGAGCAGGGCUCAAAAUCAAGCCACUGCCACCCUAAUUUAGAAAUUCCACAUUUCCUUGUAACAGUGUAAAAUUUCCCUCAAUCUCUGCAUAUAUCCAAAUUUGUUUUCUGUUUUGCCAAAGAUCCUAAUACUAAGCUAUCAAAAUAGAUGUGAUUAUGUCCCAAAAAGGGUGGCGGAGUGAUUGGAGCAUGACUCUUGUACAAGAAAGUCACAAGUUUGAUUUUAAUAAAAUCUUUCUUAGUCAAGUUUA